CUUCAAGGCGCGCCCAUAGGUAGUAGAGUCUUCAGAACCCUUCCUUCUAUUGCAAAACUAUGCCUCCUUUGUAAGCGGCGGUCCUUCGUCAUCUGCGCUGUAGCGGGAAUGGGCGCUGACAAUUUGGUGGGACAGCACAGAUCGUCAUGGACAUAUUUUCUACGCUCGAAUAACAUCGAAUUCAUCCUUACCGACUCUGAUCCAUUCCUUUAUUCGCAAUCAAUCUCAUUCGCUUCCUAGCCCUCACUCCACAGCAAUUCGCAACUAUCCUCUAGGUGUUACGCUCGCAAUAUAUCACACAGAAUGAUCGCAGCUCGCAGAACGUACUAUCCAACAGCGUGGAUUGCGGGGGCCAAGUGCAUCAAGAGAACCCGUCCAAGCCUUCUGUCUUACGGUCAGGCAACGCACAUACCAAGUCUGCAUCAAGGCGCAACUGCAUCGCCUGUUCCCAGUCAAAGGAUCGUCAAUGACCGCUUCUUCAGCUGCUCGAUUCGCACCUUUUCAGAUGAACAGCCACCCAAAGAAACACCCUACCUUGCCUUGUCCAAUCUGAGAGCGACAUGCCUCAAAGUCAUUCCCCAGGACAAGGGUUACAGUACCAGCAUAUUCAGAGAUGAAGUAGUAGCCUUGUCGAGUUCACUUGGAAGCAAAACUGAAUCUACUGUGCCAUGCGAGGCAAAGAUUCUGUCGACAUACCAUCGCAAGGCAAAUGGGGCGGAAAAGAGCUCUCUCAAUAUUGUUGCAGCGACUACCACAUCCGACUUCACAGGCGGACCGCAGCCCCCGCUCUCUGACAUGCCGAUCCAAGCAUCUGGAACCUUUAGCGGAAGUAGUAAUGGAGACACAACUGGAACGCAAAAACUAAUCAGCAUGGACGCCGCAAUAGGAUGGAUAGGCACGGUCCCUAAUCCACGAACAAUCGUCAAGCAUUUGGACACAGUAUAUUAUACCGUGAGAGCCUCCUUGAAGGGUUUCGGCGGCGUCAAUCAAUCUAUAGAAGAUACUUUUGCAGGCCCACCAGCUACCACAUCACAGCAGACCGUCUUUGACAAGAGCAAUGUUCUAUUGCUGGGGCUGACUGGAUCCGGAAAAAUGCUCUUAGCCAGGACUCUCGCCAAAAUCUUGAAUGUUCCGUUUUCCAUGUCGGAUGCCACGCCAUUUACGCAGGCAGAAUAUGUGGGCGAAGAUGUGGAGACCGCGAUCCAUCGGCUGCUACAGAGUGCUGAUUAUGAUAUCAAGAGAGCAGAAUGUGGGAUCAUAUUUGUUGAUGAAAUCGACGAGAUCUCCAAAAGUCCAGACGCCAUGUCCAUGUCCAAGGAUGUCUCUGGUGAGGAAGUUCAGCAGGCACUCUUAAAUAUGCUUGAAGGAACUGCGGUGCACGCCACAGAGAAGAAUGGAUCGAGCCCCAGUGGAUCAAGCUCUAGCACUCGUAGAGGCGAAUUGCCUGGGAUGGGAGGGCUAAGUUCAGGCAGUGGUGGCGAUGGGCCCGGUGCCAAGGGCGAAGUUUACUCCAUUGACACCAGCAACAUUUUGUUUAUCCUAAGUGGCGCAUUUAUAGGAUUGGAGAAGAUUGUCAUGGAGUGGGUAUCGAAGGGCUCUAUUGGAUUCAAUGCCGUUGUUGCUGCGCCCACCUCAGAAUUAGGUACCACAAAGGGCGACAGCACGCAGAUCAGUCGACUGUUGAACCAAGUAGAUCCAGCAGACUUGAUUAAGUUUGGACUGAUCCCAGAAUUUAUUGGCCGGCUGCCUAUUGUCGCAUCGGUGAAUCAAUUGGACGAAGAAGCGCUGGUCAAGGUCUUGAUAGAGCCGCGCAACUCGCUUGUGAAGUAGUAUCAGGGUCUUUUCAGAUUGGGCUAUGUCAGAAUCCACUUUUCACGGCCAGCACUUCAUACCAUUGCCACGAUGGCUAUCGAGAAGCAGACUGGAG